GCCAUCAUCUUCUUCGUCUUCGUGCCGCCCUCUUCUAAUCCCCAAGUUUAGGAACAAUGUUAACAGAGGAGAAGGAUGCUGAAUAUGUUUUAUAGCUUUAACAAGUUUCUGCACUCGAUUUUUUGGAGUUUCUCGGCUAACAUACGAGGUUGGUGAUGUCAGAUGGCUUUGAGAGGUGUGUGGCAGCUGCAAAAACUUGUUGUGAGCUAUUCUGAUUGGGGAGGAAGCAGUAGGGGAAUCAGGUCAUUUAUGGAGUCACAUCUACCGGCCUUUAAGGAAAAGAAUCCUCAACUAGAGGUGGUUAUUGAACACAUUCGUGGACAGCAUCCUCAUUUGAAGGGCUUAUACAAUAAUCAAAAUGAAAGGGUGGUAUGUGUGAAGAAUAUGGAUCCAGAAGAAGUUCUUCAGUGUGCAACAAGGCUAAGGAAUUCACUGGGAAGAAAAGUGGUGAAACUGAGGACUAGACAUGUAACCAAACAUCCAAGCGUGCAAGGUACCUGGACGACAGACAUCAAAUUUUGAAGAACAAGUUACAAUUUUCCAGUUUGGUGUGUUUCAAAGCAGUUUAAUUCAGCAUGCCAGAAUGGCAGUACGUGGUUACCUACUGAAAUUGCGUGUGUAACCUAGGGUUUUAGAUUAAAAACUGUUGUUGGACAUGGCAGUGAUGGAAUUUGUUUUGAUCAAAUAAUUUACCUGGUUCAUAUUUUACUUACUACCUUGUCCUCCUAUCAAAAGCACAGGUUUGAGGUU